AUUGACCGAAUGUCUUUGUUGGUUUAGUAACUUGUUUGUGGCUUGGAUUCUUCUGUAACCAAGGGUUGAAGUCACAUGACAGCUGUUUGGUGUGGAGUUCACUCAUGGCUCGUGUGAUCAGACGAAUCGUGGUCGGUGAGAUCGAAUCAUUUGUGUUCACAUGAUUCAUGACUCUGUGAUCAUGUGAAUCAUUUGUGACUCUGUGGUCAUAGUUUGUGCUCGGUUGUUUACGGUGAUCGGUGUCUGGUCUGGUUCAGUGAUGAUGAUGAUGAUGAUGAAGGAUCGCUCGCUGCUGGCGGUGUGUGUCGCGCUCGUCGCCGCUCUCGGUGGCUCUCUGUCGGUUCCGCCGCAUGAGAAGGUGGCUCGGAUGGCCCGGUUCGUGGUCAAUAAGUGCGACUGGGCUUCGAUGGCCACGAUCUCCACUCACGACCCGGUCCGAGGACAGCCGUUCUCCAACGCCUUCUCCAUCAGCGACGGGCCCGCGGGCAACGGAACCGGAACCCCGUACCUGUACAUCACACACCUGGAGAUCUCGGUGCAGGACCUGCAGGUGAAUCCCCAGUCAUCUCUGUCCGUGUCUCUGGCUCAGACCAGCUACUGUAAGAAUCACGGAUUCGAUCCUCAGAGUCCACUGUGCGCCCACAUCAUCCUAUCGGGCUCCGUGGUGGAGGUGAAUGGCAGCGAGGCAUCGGUGGCUAAAGCCGCUCUGUUCAGUAGACACCCAGAGAUGAUCGACUGGCCCGCUGACCAUAACUGGUUCUUCGCAAAAAUGAACAUCACACAGGUCUGGGUGCUUGAUUACUUUGGUGGAGUGAAAACCAUCACGCCGGAGGAGUAUUACCGAGCCACUCCUUACCAGAAACACAACGGAAGUGACACGCUGUGAUCCUUGUGAACUGGAUCAGAAUCACUGAUGGAGUGUUUCAGAAGAGACUCGGAUUUAUGAACGUUUCUCAGGUUGAUGCCUGUGUGUGUGUGUGUGUGUGUGUGUGUGUGUGUGUGUGUGUGUGUGUGUGUGUGUGUGUGAGAUGUAUUAAUCACAUGUUGUUAAUUUCUCCAGAACAUUAAUGCAGUGUAAACCUAGUUGCUACAUUUUUUGUAAGCAUUUUGUAAAAUGCUUCCGAAUGAUUUUUGCAGUUUGCACAAGUGCUUUCAUUCAACCCUUUACAGAGUCACACCACAUGCAAAUGCAGAUUGAAAUCUUCAGAAAGCCUGGUGAGGGUCACGUGUGUCAUUCAUAGAUGUUCAGUUUGGUGUCCUUACUCCUGAUCUUUGACCUCUGACCCCUGUAGCAGGAAAUGUGAAUGUCACGAGAAGUUUUUGGCUUGUGGCUAGCACCAAUCAGAAAUAAACAAUGAAAUUAAAUGUUCUACCUAUUAGAUUGUGUUUUAUUAACCCCCCCCCCUCCAACCCUAAACCUACCGCUUACAAUAAUGAAAAAAUUGUUUGACAAAAAUGACGCUGUACUGAUUUGAAGUUUUUGCUCAUUUUGCUUGUGUUUUAUAGUUGAUCUGUAAUUUUACGCACAUCUGACGUCUUCCAGCUCUAUAAACUCAGACAGACGCCAGUCAGAUGAUAUUUACUCAGAGUGAUUAUUUUUCUAAUGCUGAUGUGUGUUUUUAAUAAGGAUUUUUUUGUCAUGAUGCAGUGAAAUAAAGAGCUGAUCUUUGAUUGGAUUGUU